UUAUAUUGCAUCCUCAAUCUUCUAUUCUUUAAAGUGUUAUUAUAAACUAAAUAAGAACCUAGCUUUUUUAAGUUGGUUAAUGAAUAUACCAGAAUAUACCUAGUAGCUUGUCAAAUUAAAAAAUAUAUAUCCUAUCUAUCUAUCUAUCUAUCUAUCUAUCUAUCUAUCUAUCUAUCUAUCUAUUUAUCAAUUAAUUGUAUUUGGCUUUUGCUUUUUUAAUACGGCUCAAUGAUAUUCCAUUCAUAGAUUUUACAAAUGUAUUGUUGAGGAAGAAACAGCAGUUCGAAAAAGUGCAUCUCUUGGGAGGUCUCAGAUAUCAAACUAGCUGAGCUUUGUGACCAGCCCAUAAAGAUAAUAUCUGCACUUCCUCCCAAUCCCUGCUUUGUUAGGUCUGUAUAUUCGAUAGCUACACCUUUUUCUAACCAAGUCGCAUGAACAGGGAUUCUGAAGCUGAGAAAAAAAAAAAGAUAGAGACAGAGAGAGAGAGGAGAUCAUACACGCUGCCUUCUGGCUCCUAUUUGAUUUGAUGGCCUUCAUUCCUUCUAAUUGGAUAAAGUAGGAAGUCACUGGUAGUACUGUAUUGCUGGAUGUACUCGAUUUUAUUCAGACCAACCCUGCAGUGGGUGGGGGAGAGCAGUCAGAAGAGAAAGGAGAAACUAAGUGCUAGAAAUCGUGACAGGGAGAGUGGAAAAAAGGAAAGAUUCUAUGUGCAAAAAAGAGAAAGGCAGUACAAGGAUGCUGAAAAGGACUAAAGAAGCAGAAAGGAACAGAAGGGAGUAACCUUCGAGCUACUGCUUGCCCUGCUUUCAAAUCACACCCUGCAAUAAUACCGUUAGCAGAGAUGCUCAUGGAGCAGGCACCUGCUGCUCUGUAGCGAUUCAGGCUCUUCCACUGGUAGCUUUAACACAACAGGAUGCUAUUGUCGCUGUCACUGCUGCAUGAUCUGCUGGUGUUGUUGUCACAGCCUUUUCUCCUUUGGCUGCUUCAGAAGAGUUAUUUUCUACCCAACAGAUACCAUCUUCAGAAGCUCCAGGUGAGACGCCAGCAAUUCACUCCGGGCUAUUUGUAUACCUAACUAAAUAGUAACUGAUUUUAUGUGCCCUAAACCCUAACAGAAGCCCGUUCUUUAAGGGCAUAAAAGGCACGUACUUGCAAAAACAGUAAAGAAGAACAUAAUAAGUUAAAUACCUUUUUCAGGCUCCUGUUCAGCUACUGAAAUAUAAUUUGUAUCUACCCUGAUAGAAAUCAUCUCCUUAAAAUAUACCUUGAUUUGCCUUGUAAGAUGAAUCAUUACUUUUUAUUUUACGGACCCCUUGUUAUUCAACUAAUGGACCACAUGAGGAUUCAAGAUUCAUUUAGACAAGUCGACUGAAAAUUUUUUAAGAUGCCUGGGGAUACUGCAGAAGGUUUUCAGAAUUUUUGCUCUGAGCAGAGCUCAGACCUGCCGCCUUCUGAAGUUCAAGAUGAAGGAAACAUGCCAGAGACUCAAGCUGAGGAUGAAACUACCCAGGGAAUGGCAGGCCUUGCUAUUACCUGCUGCGUGUGUCUCGAUGCAGACAGGCUUAGAAUCUGCCUUAAUUCUGAAAAGAUCUGCAUCCUUCCCAUACUGGCAUGUCUGAUAAGUCUUUGUCUGUGUAUUGCUGGCCUUAAGUGGGUAUUUGUAGAUAAAAUAUUUGAAUAUGACUCUCCAACGCAUUUGGACCCUGGAAGAAUAGGCCAAGAUCCGAUCAUUUAUGCUGACUCGACACCACCUACCUUGGUAGCCUCAUCUGUAUAUACUUUGCCUUUUCUUGUGCCUAAAACGGAAACUGGUUUUGUGGUAGAAGUUGGUUCAUCUCUUUUACCCACAGAACCUACUUUCAAUCCAUUUUCACGUGAAAAUUCUGUGUCUAAGGGCACUUCCGUGGAAAAAUUAAUUGAGCCCUCUACUGUUUCAGUGUCACAAUCUACUAUAGCAAGUUCUACAAAAAUAGCUCCCGCUCCAGGGCACCUUAUACGAUGUCCAGAAAAGGAAAAGACAUACUGUGUCAAUGGAGGUGAAUGCUAUAUGCUAAAUGGAAUUGCAAGCGGCACGAAAUACUUGUGCAAGUGUCAGCCUGGAUACACUGGAGCAAGAUGUGCUGAAAAUGAUCCCAUGAGAGUCAUAAGACCAGAAAAGCAUCUUGGAAUUGAAUUUAUGGAAGCCGAGGAGUUGUACCAGAAACGAGUGUUGACCAUUACUGGCAUCUGCAUUGCCCUUCUUGUAGUUGGCAUCAUGUGUGUUGUGGCCUACUGCAAAACCAAGAAACAAAGGAAAAAGUUACAUGAUCGUCUAAGGCAGAGUCUCCGGUCAGAAAGAAAUAACAUGGUAAAUAUGGCUAAUGGACCUCAUCACCCGAACCCCCCUCCAGAGAAUGUCCAGCUGGUAAAUCAAUAUAUGUCUAAAAAUGUCAUAUCCAGUGAACAUGUGAUUGAGCGGGAAACAGAGACAUCUUUUUCAACAAGCCAUUACACUUCAACAACACAUCACUCAACAACAGUUACUCAAACACCAAGUCACAGCUGGAGUAAUGGUCAAUCGGAAAGCAUUAUUUCAGAAAGUCACUCAGUAAUUGUGACAUCUUCAGUGGAAAACAGCAGACACACAAGUCCAGCAGGACCACGUGGACGUCUCAAUGGCAUAGGAGGUCCUAGAGACUGCAGUUAUCUCAGGCAUGCUAGAGAAACGCCGGAUUCAUAUAGAGAUUCACCUCACAGUGAAAGAUAUGUUUCAGCCAUGACUACGCCGGCACGCAUGUCACCUGUGGACUUCCAGACGCCAGUCUCUCCAAAAUCCCCUUCUUUGGAAAUGUCUCCACCAGUAUCCAGCUUAGCUGUAUCGGUUCCAUCUGUAGCAGUCAGUCCAUUUAUAGAAGAAGAAAGGCCACUUCUUUUAGUGUCUCCACCACGUUUAAGAGACAAGCGAUAUGACUUGUAUUAUCACCACCAUCAUUUCAACCAGCAGUAUAACACCUACCAUCACAAUCCUGCUCAUGACAGUGGAAGCCUGCCACCAAGCCCUUUAAGAAUAGUCGAGGAUGAAGAAUACGAAACCACACAAGAGUAUGAGCCUGCGCAGGAACCAGUAAAGAAAUUAGUCAACAGCAGAAGGGCAAAAAGAACAAAACCAAAUGGCCACAUUUCCAACAGAUUAGAAUUGGACACCGACACAAGCUCAGAGAGCAGUACAUCCGAGAGUGAGACAGAAGAUGAAAGAAUAGGCGAGGAUACACCUUUCCUGAGCAUACAGAACCCAUUGGCAACCAGUUUAGAGUCUGCCAGUUCAUACCGUCUUGCCGACAGUAGGACUAACCCAACUAGCAGAUUCUCAACUCAAGAAGAGUUACAAGCAAGGCUCUCUAGUGUAAUAGCUAAUCAAGACCCGAUUGCGGUAUAAAACAAGUAAAAAUAGAUACACCUGUAAAACUUUAUUUUAUAUAAUGAAGUAUUCCACCUUAAAUUAAACAAUUUAUUUUAUUUUAACAGUUCUGCUAGUAGAAAACGAGAAAAA